UUUUUCAUUCUUCUCUGUUUAUAGGCAACCAACAUGGCUACCUAUCACACAUUUAUGCUUCUGUUCUUUGUAUUGGUUAUAAGUCUAGAUCAAGAUCUGUAUGGCGUAUCAGGCCAACAGUCAGCCCAGGUAGAUUACAAAGAUGCGUUGUCUUGCAAAGAUGGAACAAGUGAUAUUUAUGCAGAGUUUUUCAAUACCAUAACAUUGGCAUGUGUUCAGUGCUCGCAAAAUUCAUCUUUGCAACGUCGAAGUUCAGACGGUCUUACUUGUGAAUGUAAACCUGGUUACAGAUAUUUAAAAAACUUUGGAGGAUCAAAAGUGGAGUGUGAGCUUUGCCCAAAUGGUGUUUCUGAUGAUGGUUGGGAGUGUGUGAACUGCUCCAAUCGGGAUGAUACUACUAAAAAGUGUUUUUGUACUGAUAACAAGAUUAAAGUGUUCCGUCUCCUCAAUGGCUUGUACAGCAAUUCUACAAAAUCUGUGGACUGUCAGACUUGCAGCAAUGAUACUCAGCCUAAUGCAGAUUUUAGCAGGUGUGAACGCUGCAGUAUCACUCUCAGCAUCAGUGCGACAAGAAACAGUUGUAGUUGUAUAACUGAGACUGACAAGAAAAAAGGUAUCUGUAUUACUGGUACUGAUCUGACCAAUCCUCCGGCUUCUGUAUUUACCAUACCUCUUGAAACUAGUAACACAGGCAUAGAAUCAAAGUAUAUGAGAGAAAACCUGGAAGCAGAUUAUUUCUUGUGCAAGGCCUGGUCCAAUGUUACAGCUUGUCAGUCGUUGGCUAACAUGUGCGUUUUAAUGAUGUAUGCAGGCUAUGGCACUACUGGGACUACUACCUCAGGAAGCUCCACAACUGCAUGCUCACUCUUUGGAGCAAUAAUAGAUACACAGAUCAAGCCUCCUAUCUAUGUGGACACUAUCGCAGAUAUUGCAAUCAACAAUGAUGAUAUAAAAAUCAAGUGGACUGUUGACCCUGUUAUGACAUUUCCAUUCUGGGUAGGGACAUAUGCCUUGGAUGGCUCAUUUGAAGGAUUUGAAACACUUACAGCUAGCUCUCUCCACUUAUGUAAUGCUGAGGAGAAAACAAUAAAUGCAGCUUUUCAAUUUGGAACUUACUUUAAACACUCUUGCUCUAUAUCAGCCUUGUCAUUAUGGAAUCAAGUGAAAUACCCACUAAAAUUUUAUGAAAUUUAUCUUAAAUACACUGACACUUCUCAAAGCCCACAGAAAGAAGUUUUGUACAGAAUUCCUAUAAAGAUUCAAAACUUUAAAAUCAAUGGUCAGAAUCAAGCUCUCAAUAGUGACAUACGUUACUGGCAACUCAUGCGUCGCUUCUUCCUUGUGGACAGUGUGACACCUACACCUGUUCUAUUUCAGAGUGGAACAACUUGUGCUACACAAGGGGCCUCCUAUGUACGCUAUGUGAAGAGCAUACACUUGUACAUUGAUCUUAUAAGAGACCAGGCGGAUGGGUUAAUCAAUGUUCCAUAUUUUGAAAUAGAAUAUGGAGAUAUCAGUAGAGCUUUGGCAUGUGAUGGUGCUAAUAUACAGGUGAGUUUCCAAGUCAGCUACACCAUGAGUCAGAGCAGUUACAACAGAAAUUUUCAGAUAGCCACUGGAGUCUUAUGCAGCCUGGGGCUUCUCUAUGCUGGCUUCCGCACUUAUGUAUGGAGCAGGCGGGCAGGUCGGAUCAGCAUUGACUUCCCCACUCUGGCAAACUUUAUCUUCUACUUGUGCAGCUCUCUGUCAAACUGUUUCUUCUGCAUAGUUUUUGGCAUAGCUUUUUACUUCUUUAUAUUUUAUAAGCGUCAAAAUGUUGUGUUCUUAGUUCAUUUAGAGGGCCAGCCUUAUCAAGAAUGGAUGGCACUGUUUGCAGCAGCCUUUGCACUUAAAGCUUUGGCACUCAUCCACAUGAUUGUGAUGCAGUGUUCUGUGGAUUUGUUCAUGAUUGACUGGGAACGGCCAAAAGGGGGACAAGGUGGUGGUGAUGCCAGCAAGAAGCCACAAAGCAGUGUCUCCAUAUGGAGGACAUAUUUUGUUGCCAAUGAGUGGAAUGAGAUUCAGACUAAGCGGAAGAUAAAUCCAAUCUUUCAAAUCUUUGCUGUUGUAUUUUUCUUGCAUGUGGUUGGCUUUGAAGACACCACCACCAAAGACCCCGAUGGCACAGUGAACAAAGGUUCUGAUGUCUACAUGAGUGAACAGAGUCCCAUGUUCCGCAUGGCUUUGGCCACACUUAUUUAUCUAAUCAUUGGUAUUGUCCAGGUUCUGUUCUAUGUGCUGAUCUAUGAGCGUUUCAUUACCGAUGACAUUCGUGAGUUUGUGGAUAUCUGCUCUAUGAGCAACGUCAGCGUGUUCAUCAUGGCCAAUGGAGAGUAUGGUUACUACAUUCAUGGACGCUCGGUUCAUGGCUGCUCAGAUGUUGGGAUGGAUGAAAUGUCAGAAAUGAUUAAAAGAGAGGAGAAUGAUUUGGUUGGCCAGAGAGGACUUGUGUCUGGUACUGAUGGGCAGACAUUUAUGAUGGCUAUUCCCAAGAGGCUAAGAGAAAAGUAUAUGGCUGUUUAUAUGCCAGUGCAACUAGAGAAUGCAACCAACAGGAUGGGAAAGUCUACCACUGGCAAGGAGAAGUCUAUUGAAGCUUACGUAAUGUUGAACAGAUUUUUCUGUGCCUUUAUUGACCAUUCCUUGAGAGACAUUGACUAUGUUGUUAAAGAGAAAAACUUCUUGGAAAAAAUUCUGGACACAGAAUUCCUAGAGCUUACAGACAAGGGUAUUUUUUACUAUGAUAAUGGACACUCCUUUGACAAUGUUUUGUUUUAUGGCAAUGAGUUAAUGCUGCUGAUCUUUGAUGUGCUUCUAUUCUGUAUAGUCGACUUGAUAUUUACCAACUUUGUGUUGGCUGGAAUCAUAACCUACAUAAUUUCAGAGCUGAUCUGUUUGAUACGAGACACUGCUGGGAAGAAAAAUCUGGCAAAGAAAACAUUAGUAGAUGAACGUUUCCUCAUCUAGUUUUUUUUGUUGUACAGUUUCAGUACGAGACUACAUUCUUUCAAGUGAAUAUCACCUCCAAUAAGCAAUCAGUGAUUCUCAAGUAGUAAGAAAUCUAAACACAUGUACUUAAUAGAAUAAAAAAGAAAAUCAUUAUAUUGCUUGGUAUGUCUGAGGAAAUGGUUAACAAUAUUUUUCUUCCAAAGAUCCAUUUAAACAAUAGCAGUGUGAAUGCUGUAUCAUAUUGUAUAAUUCUUUUUGUCUUUUAUCAAUAGACCUGUAUAUAUUUUUAAGCUGUUAGAAUAUUGUAAAUGGAUGUUAUGUUCAUUAAAAAUGUAAGUUUGUAGGCACUGCUUGUGGCUUAAGACAUAUGGUACAGGGAUCCAUGCUAUGGGGUAAGCUGUUUCUGUUCUUCUGCUGCCUUUCCAAAAAGGCAGUAUCCCCACAACAUUUUUUUGGUGUUUUUAUAAUGAAACUGCUUUAGCUCUUUUUGUCCUUCAGAAUCUUAGCUUAAUGUUCUUUACUGCACAGCUACUUUUCAGACAUCUCAUAUAUAUAUAUGUUUAUAUUCAGGCUGACACAUUAAAACUGGAACUUUUGAAAGGCUCAAUGGAAAUAAAAGAGAUCCAACAAAACACUUUAGUGAUAGCAGUCAUUCAUGUUUGAAAAUAACUCCCAGUAGUUGGAGUCCUCCUGUAUGUCUGAAUUGUUGCAAUCAGCUUUUUUUUAAAGCCAAGUUUGUAUAGAAUGAGUUUUUUUUUUAUUAAAUUCAAGAUACAAGACACCAAUAACAAAGACAAUCAGACACAAAAACUCCUUUGUUCCCUUUGCAAUUAAAUCAUAUAUACCUGAUAUAAACAUUUCACAUAUAUUUUGUUUUCUAUAGUUAUAAUGUUUUGUUUAGAUGUAUUGCACAAAUUGUAAAGUCCCUAUUGAUAUCAAAGAUUAUUAGUAUCAUUAAACUUAAAUUGUAAGGUAGCCACACCAGAACAAAAGACAAGCAGGCUCCCUGAGCUGACAUCAUAUGAAUAUCUAUGAAUCUUUAGAUGGCGCAGCAACUAAUUCUUGCACAGGUGACAUUGAUUACCUUGGAGUGUGUGAUGCUGCUCCAUCCUUUCAAUGAUGUUGGCAUCCGGUAUAUUUUUAUACAUUAAGAAUAUAUUUUUUUUUAGAUACAUUCUAAUACCAAUUUGUACAAAUGACCUUUUUUAUGGGUUAUGGUAUAGUGAAAUCUUAUUGUUUUGAUAUCAGAUGCGCUUUUAUAAAAGCAUUUAUGCAAGCAUUGAUAUCAUGGAUUUUUUUAAAAUCGAAAAUCAGCAUUCAUUCCACAGCUGAUCUGAUUUGUUGUGAACUCUAACCUUGGUGCUGUUAUUUCUGUCCUAUUUCUAAUGUAUAAUUACAGAUUUUUGUUAAGUGACAUCAAUGAACAUUAUGUGGGUGUGUGUCUCUAGCCUGAAUGUAAAUUUGCCUUCUGGCCUUAGCAUAAACUUUUUUUUUUUUAAAUUUCUUUCCAUUUUGUUUCAACUAGAUUUAGAUCUAUAUUUCUGAAAAAACAAAACAAAAAAAGAUUUCUUAAUCUCAUGAGAACUUACAUUGUUCUCCUGUUGAACCAACCAAUCAGAAUGUAUUUGUGAGUCAUUUAAUGUUGUUGAAUGAAUAGUUUAGUUUUGAAAUAAUUAUUAUGAGUGGACUUAAAAGCUAAGAUGUAACACAAUGAAAUUAUCAAUUAAGAUAAUCUUAUUGUUGAUAUUUUAAUGUUGAUAUUUUAAUUUUUUUUUAAUCUGAGCUGGACAAAAUAAACAUUAGUUAAGA